UCUGUGGGAGCGGACGGAGUUUGGAUAAGCCCCGUGGUUGACCUUGCUGCCGAUCGCAAACAGCACACCGUCCGAGGAAGGGGGAAAAAAAAAAAAAAAAAAUGUCAGCCGCACGGUUACCUGCCAUGCCAAUGCCUCCAAUACCCGAUUUACCACGCUCGGGUUUCAGGUUAACUAAAGAACACUUUUUGGUUGCUGUGCCGGUGGCAGUGGUUGCAGCUGUCGGAGGUUUUCUACUCAGCCAGUACCUGAGCAGGCGGAGCUGCAAAAAGGGCCUCGUUAACACGACCAUCAGCAAAGACAGCCCCAAAGUGGUCCACAGCUUCGACAUGGAGGACAUCGGCACCAAGGCUGUGUACUGCCGCUGCUGGAAGACAAAGAAGUUCCCUUACUGUGACGGUUCCCACACUAAACACAACGAGGAAACCGGGGACAACGUUGGACCGCUCAUCAUCAAAAAGAAAGACGCAUAAUCUAACCCGUCGGAGAACUCGGCCCUUCCUGACUCCUCACGCACCCGGCCCGAUCAUUAGUCGUUCUCAUUGCCGCGUCACACCGAUUGAUGCUUAACAGUGUGACGCUGACACAUUCGAUGCAAACUGUGGGUGUCGGCCUUCAACCCAGAGCAGAAAGUGUGACAACACAGUUUUAAUUUCAUACAGUCCUCCCUGUUCUGACUCUGCCCGGUGUGACUUUGAAAUCAAAGGUCAUGCGAGGACAGAUAACAGUCCGACAUGGUGGCAUUAUGACUGCGGCUCACAUUGUGACCUACUUAAUGUGGUGUUUGUUUAAAAUUCUAACUGGACCUGAUAAAGGUGAAAUAUUUCCCCAUGCGGGCAUCGUGCCUUCAUGUCUGGCGUCCUUUCAGUCGCCUCCUCUGGGUGUGGAGACGCGAGUCGUUCAAUCAGUCCAGCGUUUGAGUGAAAUUAAGCAUAGGCCUUAAAUUUAAAUCUAAAACUCCCACAUCCUACUUGAAUGUUAACAUGAUUUUUUUCUGUUUUGCUGCUUAGAGGGAAUGGGAAGGUCUGUUUGUCUUGAAUGAAGUGCAGUUACUGUGGCUUUCUAGGGAAACUUGUGUUAAAUGUGUAAAAUGCUCAGCAGUGAACACUCAGUCAUUAAGAAUAUAUUUUGCCAUUUCAGCAGGUUGAUUUUUCUACUGGCUGCGGUGUGUUUGGUUUGAUUUGUUGUUCUGUACAUUGUGAAUAAAACUUGUUGAGUGACC